AGUCUACAGCAGCUAGGUGCCAAUGACUCGCAGACAGACAGGCUGGCUGGGGUCUGCCUGCCCUGCAGCUCUGUGGCCUUUGUGUUUCCCUCGUCUAUAAUGAAGUGUACUGAGGCUGUUGUGGAGACAACCACAUGAGCAAAGCCUUCCCAGGAUUGAGCAAGAACAACAGAUUAACUUCCCACAUCUGUAGAAGACAGUGUUGCUCUUGAGAAGAGCUGCUGCAUAGCACACAUGGGUGUACCCUUGUAUCCUCAGGCCCUGGGAGACAAGUGUGAGCACUUAUGACUGUCAGUCACUGUUUCCAUGGCCUGUUUCUCACCUCUUCUACAUCAGGGUUGCAGAGAGAAGGGCAGAGUGACAACGGAGCAAGACCAUUCCACACACCAUGAAGAAAGAGGACUCUGACGCACAGAGUCUGAAUGAAGUUAGGACCCUGUUCUGCGUGUCUGGCAGUAAUUAUGACGGCAGAGGGAAGAGGAUUAAGGUACGAUCCCGUCCUGGGGUCCUAUUAGUGGGAUUGAUGUUUUUGGCCACCCUUCCUUUUGGAGCAGGCAUCAAACAGAGCGUCCCCAGGGUCAAACUCAGCCACAGAGAGCUGCUGCACACUGGCAGUGAAUCUGUGUUUUUGGGCCCAUCUGACGGCCUCCACUCCCACUCGCUGCUGCUGGAUGAGGAGCGGGGUCGUCUUCUGCUGGGAGCCAGAGACCACAUCUAUCUGCUUGACCCUGACAAUCUGGCCAGAGCCCCCAGAAAGAUUCACUGGCCUGCUUCCCGGGACAGCGUGGAAAUGUGCAAACUGGCCGGAAAAAAUGCAAAUCUGGAGUGUGCGAAUUUUGUCAGGGUGCUUCACAACUACAACCGAACACACGUCUAUGCCUGCGGGACCGGAGCCUUUCACCCAAACUGUGCUUUCGUUGAAGUCACCGGGCGCAGAGAGGAUGGUGUGUUCCAGCUGCUGCCUCGCACAGUGGAGUCUGGCAGGUUGAAGUGUCCUUUUGAUCCAGUGCAGCCGUUCACCUCCGUCCUCACAGAUCAGUACCUGUACGCAGGCACAUCUUCGGACUUCCUGGGCAAAGACACGACAUUCACGCGCUCCCUUGGCCCUCCACCCGACCAGCACUACAUACGCACAGACAUCUCCGAGGACUACUGGAUCAAUGAGGCCAGGUUUGUAGCUGCUCAUCCCAUUGCAGACACCUACAACCCAGAUGAUGACAAGAUAUACUUUUUCUUCCGCGAGGUGUCGUGGGAGGGCAACGACAAGAGCAUCCUGACCCGAGUGGCUCGUGUGUGCAAGAAUGACGUGGGUGGGCUGAGGAGUCUUACCAAUAAAUGGACCACCUUCCUCAAAGCCAGGCUCGUGUGUUCAAUCCCCGGACCUGACGGAGUGGACACACACUUCGAUGAGCUCCAGGACAUCUUUCUGCUCCCGACCAGAGAUGACAAAAACCCCAUAGUGUAUGCAGUCUUCACCACCUCCAGCUCCAUUUUCCGUGGGUCAGCAGUGUGUGUGUACAGCAUGGCGGACAUAAGGGCCGCGUUCAAUGGACCUUACGCCCACAAGGAGGGGCCUGACCACCGAUGGAUAGAAUAUGAGGGGAGGAUACCGUAUCCACGUCCUGGAACGUGUCCCAGCAAAACAUAUGAUCCGAGGAUCAAGACCACUAAAGACUUCCCAGAUGAGGUCGUCAGUUUCAUCCGGUUCCACCCUCUGAUGUAUAAGGCCGUCCACCCUCUGACCGGACGGCCCGUGUUCACACGUGUCCGAGUGGACUACACCCUGACCAAGGUUGUGGUGGACAGAGUUUCAGCAGAGGAUGGACAUUAUGAGGUCAUGUUCCUGGGAACAGAUGCCGGCUCAGUUCUGAAGGUGGUGAGCAUCACUCAGGACAACUGGUCAACAGAGGAAGUCGUGCUCGAAGAACUUCAAGUUUUCCAGGUUCCCACUCCCAUCCUGAGUAUGAAGAUGUCUUCUAAACAGCAAAAGCUCUACGUGGGUUCAAGCGAGGGGCUCGCUCAGGUUUCUCUCAGUAGAUGUCACCUGUAUGGUCAAGCCUGCGCUGAGUGCUGCCUGGCACGAGAUCCCUACUGUGCCUGGGACGGACGCACAUGCUCCCGAUACAUCCCUACAUCUAAGAGGCGAGCCAGGAGACAGGACAUCAAACAUGGCGACCCUGCCAGUCAGUGCUGGGACACAGAAGACAGUCUUGGUGGAGGACACGUGCAGGAGAAGCUUCUCUUCGGGGUGCAAAGCAACUCCACAUUCCUGGAGUGUAUCCCCAAAUCCCAGCAGGCCCAGAUCCGGUGGUACGUCCAGAGACCUGGAUCCGAACGCAGGGAGGAGGUCAGGUUGGAUGAUCGUGUCGUUCACACCGAUCGAGGCCUUCUGAUUCGCUCCCUCCACGCCUCUGACGCCGGUGUGUACAUGUGCGUAGCUCAGGAGCACACGCACUUCGCCCACACACUUCUCCGUCUCACGCUGCAACUCGUUACACACGGCCACCUGGACGGAAAGCCCAAGCCCGGCGAGGACCCCGGGGUGGAGCCGCGACACGGCGGAGAGACCCGUCAGCGGUACAAAGACUACCUGCGGGUGAUGAGCUCUCCCUUCGGCACUCUCGAGGAGUACUGCGACUCGCUGUGGCUGGAGAAGAGGCCGUCGAGGGCGCGGGGACGGGGCCCGGGAGCUGCCAAGUGGAAGCACAUCCAGGAAAUGAAGAAGAGCAGGAACAGGAGACACAACAGGGAGAGGGAGGAAGGGGGAGGACGAGGCAGGAGGGUGAGGACAGCAGAAUAAUGAGGGAUGAGGUAAAACAUACAAAAAAAAUCAGGAUUAGUUGUGUAUGCUCCCCAGACGUGACAGAACUGUAAAGUUGACAAAUUGACAAAUCUGCGGGCAAGCAAAAACUAACCCAGGGUUACUCAGUGGCACGGAAGACUAAUGCUGAAAUAGUUCCGAAUGAAUAUAUUAAUUUCAACUAGCAAUUUAACGUAGUGUUAUUGUGAGAGUAGGUCAUUUCUUCAGGUGUUAACUGUGUAGGAACAUUUCAGUUGUUUCAGAGGAAAAUCUCUGUAGUAGUGUAAAAGGAAUAAGAGUUUGUUAAUGGCGAUGACAAUGCAUUCAUGUUGAAUGACUGUAAAUAUUUGUAUAACAUGUACAGGAGAUACGGCGCGCUCAUUUUAGUGUAAUCUGUAUAACGUUAAUAAUAAUCCUGUUUUAUGUUUUGGCUGAAACAAAUAACAUAUUUUUGUACAAACUUUUAACAUAAGUACUGUAGGUUCAAUAGAUGUUCUCGCUGUUUCUGUUUUUUCCAGGUAUUUAAAUGAACUUGUUGUGGGGGGCUGUUGUUUUCUGGAUUCUUGCUCGCUUCAAUUCUGCGAAGAGACAAAAAUCAGUGUGCAGGAAAUCUAUUAUAGGUGCAGUCUCAUGUAGCAGACAGGUUGAGAUUGGCUCCGGGGCAGUUCAGCUGAGCCUCUCCUGAUACAGCAGCACCAGGACGCCGUAUGCAGAUGUCAUAAUGAUGCAGGGGCAGCUGCUCUCCUGUUUAAUGGAAGUCAGUGUCUGAAAGAGAGACAGGGGGGGGGAAGAGAGAGGAUGUCUUUCGGGUAAGCCAUAGGACAGCAUGUGAGCCAGCUACGUGAGUUACAGGUUUCCUAGAAUGAGCUGGUGAAGCUCUAAAGACAGACAUCAGUGGCAUGAAAGGGAGGCAUUAUACAAGCUAAUGUGCACGACCUGAAAAAUACUGCAUAGUUAGACUUAUACAGUAAUGUAGAUACUAUCAUAGAGUGCAGGGAUCUGAUGCUGAUAGGAACAUGACAGGGAUCGUUCUGUGCCUGAUGUUAUCAAAGUCAUGGGAGUUCCUCAGUUUUAACUGACUUAAUAGUUACUAUCGUCUUUAAUUCGAUUUUGGACGAGCUGCUCAAAUACUGCAGGUGACACAGUGAGAGACUUGUACACCAAGCUGAUGUAUGAGAUAUUCAACACUUUAUAUAACUUUCUAUAUUUCUGAUUCUAUUAUUGUCUCGUGUGUCUGUGUCAACACACAUGAUUGGUGUGUCUUUGGUGAAAUGAUUGGCAGAGGAACUUUGAAUUUAACAUGUUUACUUGCCCUUUACACUCAUACAGACUGUACACACGCACAACAUUCAAGUCUCCCAGUUUGUCUCUUUCUCCUCAGUGAUUUCUUGUAACAAAGACAAUAAAUAUUUCAAACACUU